GGGGCCGGCGGUGCGCUGCGUGUACGCCCCGCUGCUGAGAGCGAGUGGCUUACAUGCGGUGCGGGCAGCCGUGUGUCUGCAUGUGGGAAGUACGCCGACCUCUGCCGCCAGCGUACCGCAAGAGCAGCAACAAGAACAACAACAAGAACAAGGACCGCAAUUAUUACCAAUGCUGUUACUAAUGGAGAACCCAAGCAGUACGCAGGUGCCACUGGCGCUGGGAGUCAUUGGGAAUGGGAUGAUUUUCUUAUAGAUACAAGCAAUACGUAUAAGGAGUGUGAGAAAAACCGCACAGGUCAAGUUCGUGGAGUAAAUUGUUCGAUAUGGUUUGGAUCUUCGAAUGAUAAGGGUGUGAGUAGUUCUUCUUCAGAGCAAUAUAAACCGAAUGAUGGUACCCGUACAGAGGAUCUUACUUCAGUGAAUGAGAAUAAACCAGGGGUUGCAGCAGAACAUCCUGCCAUUCCCUCUGCAGCUUCAGAAUUGAAUGCAGAAAUACCGUCGACAACCGAAGGACAAGGAGAAGAGUCUACUAAAGCUAAACAAAGUAACGAAGAGGCGUCGAGUAACCAAGCUGAUAACACUACAUCUGCCGACUCUAAUCCUAACCAGCAACCUCCUGCAACUGUUAAUGCAACUGCUGCACCAGUUUCACACGAAACCAAUUCCACUACUCCGCCGAGGACCGAGAGUACUGUUGGUGAAGCACCAACCAAUACUUCGUCUCCUGUUCCCGUAACCGACUCACAGAUGAGCAACACCAUCGCUUCCACUGUUCAGAACAAACCCAAUGUUGACAGCAGUGUCAGUCCUGUGUGGAUGCGCACUGCAGUACCGCUGCUGAUUGUGGUUGUGUUGUUCUCCGCUACUGUGUACUGA